AUGAAUGACGAUUUUUAUAGACCGCCUAAUAUAGCGGAUGUAAGCAUCGAAACGGAGGGAUUUGAAAUCUCAGCACGGAAUGAUUCAAUGAUGAUACAGAAUAAUUCACAUACACCUACAAAGUUGAAUAACUUAGAAGUCACUGUUAUUUCCAGUGAUGGUGGAAGUAGUGGUACUAAUGCCAGUGAAAAGAAUGGUACAUUAUCUCUAUCAGCAGGGGAAAGCACAAUGGGUGCAACGAGUAGGGCGGACAGAACUGUGCAUAAUUCCUCUAAACGUAGUGACAGUGUUAAGUUGAUCAAAGUUAUGAACAAGGUUGAUAUUUUGAAAGCAGUUUUCGCGACACUAACGGGUAAAGAUCGUAUAGCGAAAAUAUUCAAAUAUGUGAUAGAUAUACUACGAAUUUUCAUACAGAGGUCAAUGUAUUACAAUAAUAAAGAUAUCGACGUGGAUGCUUAUCUGAAAUUAUUUUCAAAAGGCAAUCUGCUCACAAUCCUAAGGAAUCCAAGGCUUUCAGGUAAACUCUUCUUAUCUAGCUCUUCGAAAUUAUUUCUCGAAAAGGGUGCUUUGGUUAGUAGCCAGCUAGGUUUCUAUAGGCAAAUCAUGAGAUGUGGGGGUACCCCAUUCAGACUUUACCAUUGGUACCAAAAGCUCAUAAGCACUUUCUAUGCGUCCCAAAAGUCAUCAACUUUACAUUCUAAAGGUCUAGUUUGGUACAAAAAUUGGUGGAAUGAGGAAUCUCUCUCAGAGUUCAUCGACUUAUAUUACGGAAUCAUGGAUGAAUUGAUGCUAUUAUACAAACUUAAACUUUGGUCUAAUAAAUCGAUGCAUGCCUGGGUUUCUAAACACGAAGCUCUCUCAUGGUAUUACGACAUUAUGCUAGGGUUGAAGAAAAAUUGGGAGAAACUUCAAUCAAUCAAACAACAGGAAUUUGAAUUGAAGAUCCAGUAUCAGGUACGUCAACGCGCAUUGGAACUAUCCUCAAAAUUAAAUGCCACCCCAUCUGUUGAUUCCAAUAAGAAUACAGCACUUAUAAAACAGACUAUCUUCGAGAGUUUCAAGCAGGACAACCUAGAUUUAGAACUGGAAGUAGUACAAAAACUCAAGAACUACCAGUAUGAGAAACGCAUUGUCAAGUUUGAUCUGACUAGACUAUUCUUUGAUUUCCUAGCUGAUACUACAGAUGUGUUCUCUAUCAAAACACCACCUGGUACAUAUGCCAUUUUGUCUCUAUGCUCUGGUGUACUUGGAUUCUCCAAGCUAUGGAUACAGGCGAAAGAGCAACCAAAUGAAUGA